UAGGAAAGCAUUGCUCCAAGUAUUGCAUCAGCAUUUACAGAAGGUGGUCCAGAACAGACUAGAACAAGGAAGCACUUGCCAGUCAUACAUUGCCCGUGAAGGAGUUGCCUCGUAGAUUACAACUGUAAGAAUGUCUUUUCCACCUCAUUUGAAUCGCCCUCCUAUGGGAAUCCCAACACUUCCCCCUGGGAUUCCACCUCCACAGUUCCCUGGCUUUCCUCCACCUGUGCCCCCUGGGACCCCUAUGAUUCCUGUGCCAAUGGGCAUUAUGGCUCCUGCUCCAACUGUAUUAGUUCCUACCACAGUGUCUAUGGUUGGAAAACAUUUAGGAGCCAGAAAAGAUCACCCGGGCUUAAAGAACAAAGAAAAUGAUGAAAACAGCGGUCCCACUACCACUGUUUUUGUAGGCAACAUUUCUGAGAAGGCCUCAGACAUGCUCAUACGGCAGCUUCUAGCAAAAUGUGGCUUGGUUUUGAGUUGGAAGAGAGUACAAGGGGCAUCCGGAAAACUUCAAGCCUUUGGAUUUUGUGAGUACAAAGAACCGGAAUCCACACUACGGGCACUGAGACUACUCCAUGACCUCCAGAUUGGAGAGAAGAAGCUGCUAGUCAAAGUUGAUGCAAAGACAAAGGCUCAGCUAGACGAAUGGAAAGCGAAGAAAAAGGCCUCUAAUGGGAACUCCAGACCAGAGACCACAAAUGAUGAUGAUGAAGCACUGGAUGAGGAAACGAAGAGAAGAGAUCAGAUAAUUAAAGGGGCCAUUGAAGUCUUAAUACGAGAAUAUUCCAGCGAGCUCAAUGCCCCCUCCCAGGAAUCUGACUCUCACCCCAGGAAGAAGAAAAAGGAAAAGAAGGAGGACAUUUUCCGCAGAUUUCCAGUGGCCCCACUGAUACCUUAUCCACUCAUCACCAAGGAGGAUAUAAAUGCUAUAGAAAUGGAGGAAGACAAAAGAGACCUGAUAUCAAGAGAGAUCAGUAAAUUCAGAGACACACACAAGAAACUGGAGGAGGAAAAAGGCAAAAAGGAGAAAGAAAGACAGGAAAUUGAAAAAGAACGCAGAGAAAGAGAAAGGGAACGAGAGCGUGAACGAGAAAGGAGGGAGCGUGAAAGAGAGAGGGAGCGUGAACGUGAACGUGAGAAGGAGAAGGAACGGGAGCGUGAACGGGAGCGAGAUAGGGAUCGUGACCGAACUAAAGACCGAGACAGAGACCGUGAACGGGACAGAGAUCGGGACAGAGAUCGUGAAAGGAGUUCAGAUCGCAACAAGGAUCGGAGCAGAUCAAGAGAAAAAAGCAGAGACAGGGAAAGAGAACGGGAGCGGGAAAGAGAACGAGAGCGGGAAAGGGAACGUGAGAGAGAACGGGAAAGAGAGCGAGAAAGAGAACGAGAGAAAGAUAAAAAGAGAGACCGAGAAGAAGAUGAAGAAGAUGCCUAUGAACGCCGAAAGCUAGAGAGGAAACUGCGGGAAAAAGAAGCUGCUUAUCAAGAGCGUCUUAAAAACUGGGAAAUUAGAGAAAGGAAGAAAAGUAGAGAAUAUGAAAAAGAGGCUGAAAGAGAAGAAGAAAGGAGGAGGGAAAUGGCAAAAGAAGCCAAACGGUUAAAAGAAUUCUUAGAAGAUUAUGAUGAUGACAGAGAUGAUCCAAAAUACUACAGGGGUAGUGCUCUUCAGAAGAGGCUACGAGACAGGGAGAAAGAGAUGGAAGCAGAUGAACGGGAUAGGAAAAGGGAAAAGGAAGAACUAGAAGAAAUUAGGCAGCGCCUUCUGGCAGAAGGACACCCAGAUCCAGAUGCAGAACUCCAGAGGAUGGAGCAGGAGGCUGAGCGGCGUAGGCAGCCACAAAUCAAACAAGAGCCAGAGUCUGAGGAGGAAGAGGAGGAAAGCAGAAAAGAAGAAAAAAGAGAAGAGCCAGAGGAAGAGGAGGAGGAGCCUGAACAAAAGCCCUGCCUUAAACCAACUUUACGACCAAUCAGUUCUGCCCCAUCUGUUUCGUCUGCUAGUGGAAAUGCAACCCCUAACACACCCGGUGAUGAAUCUCCCUGUGGCAUUAUUAUCCCUCAUGAAAAUUCACCUGAUCAACAACAGCCAGAGGAGCAUCGGCCCAAAAUAGGACUUAGCCUCAAACUGGGUGCCUGCAAUAGUCCUAAUCAGCCCAACGCUGUGAAAAGGAAGAAGCUUGCUGUGGAUAGUGUUUUCAAUAAAUUUGAUGAUGAAGACAGUGAUGAUGUGCCCCGGAAAAGGAAACUUGUCCCCCUGGAUUAUGGAGAUGAAGAUAAAAGCAAUAUUAAAGGCAGUGUCAAUACAGAAGAAAAACGCAAACAUAUUAAGAGUCUUAUUGAGAAGAUUCCCACAGCAAAACCAGAGCUCUUUGCAUAUCCUCUUGACUGGUCAAUUGUGGAUUCAACACUAAUGGAACGUCGAAUUAGACCGUGGAUAAACAAGAAAAUAAUAGAAUAUAUUGGUGAAGAAGAAGCCACGCUAGUUGACUUUGUUUGUUCAAAGGUUAUGGCUCACAGCUCACCACAAAGCAUACUGGAUGAUGUUGCCAUGGUACUAGAUGAAGAAGCUGAAGUUUUCAUAGUCAAAAUGUGGAGGUUGUUGAUAUACGAGACAGAAGCCAAGAAGAUUGGUCUAGUGAAAUAAAGCACUCUCCUUGCUUCUAGGGUUCCAUUUUUCAAUUUUUUUUUCCAUCGUUCAAAGACUUUGAAUUUUCUCUGUUCUCAGAGACUUGAGACCUGUAUUUUUUUAUGUAGAAAAUGUGAAUUUUUUUGUCCUCUGCUUUGAGGCCCCCUUUACCCUUCUCAGUUAGUUAUCUGAAAUCCUGCAUUGGUUCUCUUUAUAAUUCGCCAGGUACAAUUACCGGUAUGUUUUAUAAGCUGCAGCUACUGUACACGCUCUCUGGUAAUCUUAUGUUACUUUGAUUCUUGUAAAUAUUAGAGAAAAAAAAAAAGGCCCAUUUUGCAAAACACUUGCACUUAAUGUGGAACUAUUAUCAGUUACGUAUGAAGACAGAUGAUUUUACUGCUUUUUUUUCCUACUCUCCCUAUUUUUAUUUAAGGAAUGAUCAGAACACAAUUCAAAAAUAAGCGGUUUGAGCUGCUUUCACAGAACAGCUUUGUGUGUUCUUCUGGUCCUUUACCUGCCUCUGGAAAAGAAGUUCCCUUAUACUUCUGAUUCUGACGUGAACCAGAAGCAGUCUUGGUACUUCGUUGCCCAUUUAGAGUUACUAGUAAAGCUGGGAAGUUAAUCUCCUGCAGAUGCUCUCUUUCUUUCCUAGAAAGUGCAAAUUGCAGGAAGUUUUUUAUUCUCGGCUCAGUUAAAACAAGAGCAGGACUGUAAUUCAAUAAGUGCUAUUUAAUUUUUUUUAAACCUAGCUUAUUUUCUGCUGAAUUUCAUUUUAUCCCUUCUCUAUUAUCCCUUCUGUCUCCAAAGUAAUCAGAUUUUUUAAAAGUUAUUUUUAAAAACUUUUUUUUAGAACUUAAAGAAGAAAAAACACCUGCUUGGGAAGCUUCAGAGAUGUAACUGAGUGUAGUAGUUGACAAAAACUAAACCAUAAAUUUUUCAAACAAAAUUGAAGUCUUGUUUUUAUCCAUACUGUUAAAACAAGCCCUGACUUUUGUUUUCUACUGUGAGCAGUCUAUUGUCCACAAAGAGGGUGAUAUUUUCCUGCAUUGUUUGUAUGGAUUUUUAUAAAUAGGCUGAUGUGAUACAAAUGAUGAGAUGUACUGUAAACUGCAUUUUUUAUCUCAUACCCAGGUAAGAAGACAAAUCAAUAAUGUGCUAUGAGCUGUCUUGAUUGCAGGAGGACUGUAUUCCAGGGAGCAAACUGUCAAACAUUUUUAAUUUUUAAACACAAUUCUUAAUAGCAAACAAAUUAAGUAAAGGUGUUCCAGUAUCUCUGUAUUGUAUUUAACUGAAGGAUACAGGUUGACCUGUUCAGAAAACAUAACUGUGACCUUGAGUUACUAGUUCUUUGUAUCUGGAGAGGACACUUGAAAACACUGUUCUUAACAAAUGGGAUCGUGUAAAGGUUCCACCAUGUAAAUAUUUCAGAUAUUAAAAAUGUAUAUAUU